AUGUGGUUGCCACACGCACUGCUGACAGAAUAUAAAAUCCUAGACAGGCCCAGGGCUUACACCAGAGUAAAGGAAUUAGGCUGUGAAACUGACCUUCAGAGCUCCACUCCCUCUCAGCACCAGUUGUACACCUGCUUCCUGCCCAACAUGAGCUGCCGCACCAGCUUCUCUGCCCGGCCCUGUGUGCCCCCCAGCUGCCAUGGAUGCACCCUGCCUGGGGCCCACAACAUCCCUUCCUCUGGGGGCAUGGGUGGCUCGCUGUGUGAGGGCUCCUUCAAUGGCAAUGAGAAGGAGACCAUGCAGUUGCUGAAUGACCGCCUGGCCAGCUACCUGGAGAAGGUGAGCCAGCUGGAGCAGGAGAAUGCAGAGCUGGAGGGCCGCAUCUGUGAGUUUACCCAGCAGCAGGUGCCCUAUGCAUCCCCGAACUACCAGUCCUACUUCCAGACCAUCGAGCAGCUCCAGCAGAAGAUCCUGUCCAGCAAGGCUGAGAACACUAGGAUGGUGUUGCAGAUCGACAAUGCUAAGCUGGCUGCCGACGACUUCAGAACCAAGUACCAGAUGGAACACUCCAUGCGACAGCUGGUGGAGGCUGACAUCAACAGCCUGCGCAGGAUGCUGGACGAGCUGACCCUGUGCAAGUCCGACCUGGAGGCCCAGGUGGAGUCUCUGAAGGAGGAGCUGUUGCAGCUCAAGCAGAAUCAUGAGCAGGAAGCCAAUGCCCUGCAAAGCCAGCUUGGAGACCGCCUGAAUGUGGAGGUGGAUGCUGCCCCCAACGUGGACCUGAACCGUGUGCUGAAUGAGACUAGGUCCAAAUAUGAGACCCUAAUGGAGACCAACCUCAAGGACGUGGAGGAAUGGUUUGCCAAACAGACUGAGGAACUGAACAAGCAGGUGGCAUCCAGCUCGGAGCAACUGCAGUCCAGCCAGGCUGAGAUCAUGGAGCUGAGACGCACUGUUAGCUCCCUGGAGAUCGAGCUGCAGGCCCAGCACAACCUGAAAGACUCUCUGGAAAACACAUUGACAGAGACUGAGGCACACUACAGUGCUCAGCUGUCCCAGGUGCAGAGCAUGAUCACCAACGUGGAGUCCCAGCUGUCUGAGAUCCACUGUGACCUGGAGCGUCAGAACCAGGAGUACCAGGUGCUGCUGGAUGUCAAGGCGCACCUUGAGGGUGAGAUCAACACAUACCGGAGCCUGUUGGAGAGUGAGGACAGCAAGCUUCUCUCCAACCCUAGUUCCACCUCCAAUGCUCGUGGCAAUUCCUCUGGACCCAGUGGCAGCUCUCAGUCAUGUAGCUGUUAA